AUGUCAGAUAAUAAUCUAAUUCAAACUAGUGAAUUUAUGGCUUAUAAUAAUGAUGCAAUUGAAUAUUAUACUUUAUCAACAUGUUACAUUGAAGAAACAUGUAAAAUAAAAUUAAAUGAAACUAAACAACGAUUUUAUGAUAUCAAACGAGAUCCAUAUAUUGAAAUAAUAGAUUUUGAAGCAAUUAUUGAAAAACGACCAACAGAAAUUGAUGAAACAUCAUCACGUGUUCUUAAAUAUAAAUCACCAUCUUUUAUGGCAUCAGUUACGUUUCGUUUUCCACCAAUUCAUUCUAAUGAAUGUUGGAAAGUAGGCUUUAUUCAAGCAUGUGAUUGUAUGAUUUUUCAAAAUCAAUAUGGUGAUUUUGGCUUUUCAUCUUGGGAAUUUCCACAAUUAAUUGUUCGUGAUGUAUCAAUGAUUAAUGAUAGUUGUGGACGAAAUUAUCCAUGGUAUGGAUCAAAAAAUCAAGUUGUUACAAUUCAAGGGCCAAUAAAUCAACAAACUGAACAUACAAUAAAUAUGCGUGAUUUAUUUGUACCAUGGAUUCCAUGGGAUAUUCCAACAUGUGAAGGUGAACAAUCAUGUUUAACACAUAUUUAUCGACACCAACGAUUUUAUGUAUGGUUAUGUGCGAUGAAUUGUACAAAAAAUGAAUUAUUAAUAAUUCAUACAAUACGUUGGAUGCAAACAAUUGAAAUUGAUGUUAAACCAGAUCUCUAUCGUGGAAUACGAGCAACAUUAAUUAGUAAUCCUGAACCUGAACAACCGAUUUUUCUUAAAAGAAAUAUUUUUAUUCCAUCUUGUGCUCUACAAGAACCAUCCGCAAAUAAUGCUCAACUGCUUAUUUGGAAACCUACACAAGGUGAACCACUUGUUGUAGUGAAUCCGAAAUAUCGUGAUAGGAGUACAAUAAAAUAUUUUUCACGAUAUUUACUGAAAAAAUGA